AUGAACGAAGGUGAGCUAUAUCCUUUGUACCAGAUUGCUGAUGAAUAUCUGUUCGUGAUCUUUGGCCAACCAAAAUAUCUCUACGUUUAUAACUUAUUAGAACAUGCUCAUAACUCUCUGGUUACAAGGAUGAAGCUAGAUCCUUCAUAUAAUGAUUUGGAUACUUAUCUAAUCAUAGAGAAUGUAAAGUUUACCUCUUCCUUUUACCUCUUUGUAUUCUAUGGAUCUGAAAAAUAUGAGGUUAUCCUCUUCGAGCCUAAUAACUGGAUGUUAGGAGAUAUAGAUAAUGAGUCUAAUCUGUUUUUAAAUCAGACAGAAAUUGAGACUGCAUUUUACCCUGAUAAAAUAGUCAAUCUAACUCUAACUCCUUUCUAUGCAAACGAAUAUCCUCAUAAAGAGAUUUAUCCUUUGAAUUUAUCGAUGAAUUGCACUAAUAAGGGGCUAAAGAUUCAAUCAAGACAUAAGGAAGAUCUUAUAGAGAUAGCUCAGAGCCAAGAGAACAUUACUUUCUCAUUGCUUGAUUACUUCGAUGGGUUUAAUAUGAGUUACAAUUACGAUAUUUUGCAAGGAUCUGAGAAUGAAACCAAAAUUUAUAUAUCAAAAGAAGACCAUCAAUCAUAUUAUCUGAAUCAAGACACAGUAGGAAGGCAUGCAAAAGCUGCUUUUAUUUAUAACGAUAAUGACCUUUUUGUGUUCUAUUCCUCCAGUACCCAAAUUGAUCGAUACAAUAUUUUAGACCCGAUUAAUAGCUACAAGUCAAUAGAAAAUUUGCCUAUUUUAGAUAACUGAGAGCUUGAUUACCUAAAAUACUUUAAAAUUAACGAAGACCUCGACCAGCCAGCAGACUCUAUAGAAAGAGAUCUUCUUGUGGUCAACUGUAUGGUCACCAAAAACGAAGUCGGAUCUUCAUUUGAAAUAAGAUUCUAUGAGUUCAAAAUUGAUGCUGAAAAUGAACCUCGGGCUGAUUUCUUAGCCAAAGUAGGAAUCUCAAUGCAUGUUAAAGAGAUACAGAUCAGGAGAUCUACAGGAAACGAUGGGUAUUUUCACAUCAUAGUCCUAUCAGAAGAGACUUUCAAAUAUGACUCGACUCUAUUCAUGCUAAUUGUAGAGUAUGAUGUCGAUAAGCCAUUCUCUCUUUUGCGUUAUGAAACGUUCACAGGAUCCCAGAUUGGGUUUGAUAAGUUCGUAGUGGAAUCCUUCGCCUUCAUUCCAAACCAACAUUACUUUAUUGUAGGAAUAAAUGACUUUGGAAUGGCUGUUUUUGAUACGUCCAGAAUCGAAGUCGCAGAUGUAAUCAUUUUCAAAAACCUCUUUGAUGAUUUUUAUGAUACGUUCUCUGUUGUAUCGCUCAUUCCUACAAGUGAGAAUGAAGUUAGAGUCAUGCUAAGAAACCAAGAAGCCUUUACAAUCUAUUGGGAUGACCUUGAGCUAUCUCCUAUCGAUGGAGGAGUCUUGUCAAAUGUAACAGGAACUCAGAGAUUUGUCAAUGUUCCAUCACAGAUUGCUACAAAUUUGGUGGAUUAUUCAGCUCAUUCUGUCGUUCAGCUUAUUUGUUAUAUUCAAGAAGGAGGAUUUUUUAAAGGAUUUAUAAGGGUCUAUAACCAUAUGAACAGAAACAAUACUAAAUCUUUCAGAGAGUAUCAUAUUGGAAGAGUACCAAAAUGAGCAUUUGUUCACUAUAACAGUCAAAUGGAGAGAAUCGUAAUAAUCUGUGGAGAUAGGUUCUAUGUAUACAAUAUGUUCAUUUAUCCUUUUCUUAGCAUCAAAAAUACAAAUGGAGCAUCAAAUUUGAAGGUCAAGAUAACAGCCGAUAAUCAUUGCUCUAAUCAAUCGUUAAAUAUUCAUUUAAUCACCCAAGAUCAUGGAGUUUUUGUAUUGAAAAUAAUUGUGGUCGCUACCACAAUAGGAUCUGUGAUACUCAUAAUAACUCUUCUCAAACUAUUCUUCAGAUUCUGCUGUCUCCGGAACGAUACCGAUGAAUCAAGUAUCGGAAGUAUCCAUUUCAAGCAGGAGAGAACUUCUGAUAACAACAUUCCUUAUGGGGAGCUCUCUUCCAUGAAGAGAAUAGGAUAUAGUGCAUUGAUCAAUGAGACCUACGAGUCAGACACCCAGACUAAAGAGAAUACUCUAUACCUUAAAGAAGAGAAUGAUCUCCUUUCAGAUAAGUAAUAAUCAUUUAUUCUAUAAAUUA